AGUAAGAUAGCAAUUAAAUUGAUAUACCUCUGGCAUUCGCAAUUCAAGACGGUGUUAACUGUACUAUUGUUACAAAUUGUUAAUUGUUACAAAGUACUAUAAUUUUAAUAAACAUAUAAUUUUAAUCUAUGUAGAUGCUUUAAAUGGAAAAUAGUAUGGCAUUCCGACAUAUCUUAAACAGUUUAAUAUUAAUCGUAAUAAUCAUACUAUCUACUGCAAAAUUUACGAAAAAUGAGACUGAAUCUAAUUACAAUGUUUUGAAUUUCAUACCCUUGCAUUAUGAUGUCAAAAUAAAGUUUGACGUAUACAGAAAUGUCUUUUUUGGCAAAUGCAAUAUUAUCAUCCAGAUUAAUCGUCCAACGGAAAAUAUAACUCUAAUGAGUUCGAAGAUUUUCAGUAUACUUGAAAUUGCCUUGAUUAACAACAAUAACAUUCAGAAGAUUAACAUCCAGAAAUUUUCACUUAUCAAUAAAUCGUUUAAUAAAAUGUACAUUCAUCUUAAUGUUACUCAGUCAUCAUUAAAGCUUUUAUCUCCAGGUACGUAUACCUUAGAAAUGACAUAUGUCCGUAUCAUAAUAGAUGAUGGAUACUUCUUCGAAUCUAUCUAUGUAGACAGAGAAAAAGGCAAAAUAUUAAAUAAUGAAAUCAUUGAAGUAAUAAAAGCAGAAGAACUAUUUCCAUACUGGGACGAAGCGGUAUUUAAAUCAACUUUUGAAAUUUCUAUCUGUCAUCAUAAAAACUACUCAUUUUUAUCGAAUAUGCUGAUACGAAAAGAGGUGAAACAAGAGAAAAAUAUGGAUAACAUGCUAUGGACUCACUUUAACCAAUCAUCUUUAAUGCAAGCUCAACAUUUAAUAAUUCUAAUAACCACAUUCACUAAUUCCUCUUAUAAUGCAAAUAGAUUUUGGUGUAGAAAAGAGAUAAGAGACCAGAUACAAUAUGCAAAAUACAUUGCCGCAGGUGUCGUGUACUAUUUGACACAAAAAAGUACAAGAAUAGUAUCAAAAAUAGAUUACUAUGUAGUUACGGACUUUCAAGACAGUAACGUAAAGACACAGGAAUUCAUUCUAUUAAGGGAAGAAAAUACUAUUUAUAAUGAUACAUUACAUCCUGUUUACAAAAUGGAAGUGGCAAACUACGUAACACGUCAAACAAUAUCUCACUUGUACAAUGAUAUGAUUCUGUGGUCAAAAGAAGGAUUUAUUACAUUUCUUGCAACACAUAUUUUGAAUCAGACUCAGUUAUAUCGCAUGGAGGAUUUAUUCGUCGUCCAAACACAACAGGAGUCUUUACGUUUCGAUACUCUUCCUACAGAUUCUCUGCCAUUUGGAACACCCCUUUAUGAAAUCAAAUCAUUUAUUAUAUGGCGCAUGUUAUAUCAUAUAAUAUUUAAUAUAAUAUCUGAUGAUACGUUUUGGACUUGUAUCAACAACUAUAUAAACAUACAGUAUAAUCAGACAAAUGCGACAGAUACUAAUAAUUUAUCUACUAUAGCAUUAUUUUUUAACACUGUGAAAAGUGUUGUAGAUGCAACGAAUAGCACACGUAACUUUAGUAUAGAAAAUAUAGUCGAUAUUUUGUUAACGAAAAGACAUUAUCCUAUACUGUACAUGACACGAAAUUAUAACGAAACAUUCCAUAACCCGAUAUUAAUCUCAUAUAUCAAUUAUCCACAUUCAUUAUUCACCGACGUGAAACCAUAUGAAUUAUAUGUGACAUAUACAACAAAAUCAGACAUGAACUUUGAGCCAUCAGAUACCCAAACUCACUUUUGGUUAUCUUCAUUAACACCGCACCAUUAUAUGUCUACGUUUGACAAAAAUGAUUGGAUCAUACUCAAUUUACAACAAGCUGGAUACUAUCGCAUCAAUUAUGAUUUGGGUAACUGGCAAAAACUUGCGGAUUAUUUAUAUGAAAAUUAUACCGAUAUUCAUGUUCUCAAUCGAGCCCAAAUCAUCGAUGACGCGUUUUAUUUUUUGAGGCAAGGACAACUCAAUUUUCUUUCGUUUUGGAACAUUACAAAGUUUCUGUUUAAAGACGCAGACUAUGUAGCAUGGUAUCCCAUGAUUAAAGCUGUUGAAUACAUGAUGUGUAUAUGGCCAGUUCAAAAUACUAACGCUAUAAAGGUGCAACUUAGAGAAAGGUUUGAUGGACUUCUGCUAAAUAUAGGAUACGUUGACAAAUUUUAUUUUGAUAGUGAUUUUACUAAAAUUUUAAGAGAAGAAGCGAUGAAAUGGGCAUGUGUUCUCGAUACUCCUAAAUGUAGAGAAACUGCAUCCGAUCUAUUAAAUAACCAUCUUGAAAGUUCUGUACAAGACAAAUUUUUCAAAUGGAGAGAAAGGAUAUACUGUAAAGGUUUAAUGAAAUCAGACUACAAUAAUUGGUUCAAAGUGUGGAAUAAAUGGAAAAACACAUCUGAUAAUACAUUUUUAGAAUACCUAACUUGCUCUCCAGAUCCUACCAUUAUUAAAACUUAUUUGACGUUUAUAAAGAGCGAUGAAUUUUAUUUAAAUGUAACAGACAGUAAAACGAAUGCUAAUAUUUUUCUCCUUAUCAUUGCGAAACAUGCAAAAAAUAAUAUAGUGCUCACGGAUAUAUUCGAAUAUUUCGAAUCCAUAAAAUUCAGUUCAAAACAACAAAUUGAUCAAAUUGCUAUAUUAAUUGUUAUUAUAACGCACGAGCAUGACGUAAAGCAUUUCAAAAAGAUACGUAAAUUCGUUAAAACUAAACUUACAAUGAGCGAAAAGCAACUAAGUUUUAUAGUGGAUGCUGUCAAACAAAAAAUAGAAAAACGAAAAAUGGAAUACAAUAAACGUGUUACAAAUUACGGGGUUCUCAACUGAAACAUAUAAACAUAAUGCAGUAUAAAAAGCCAAGCACUUGAAUCGAUAAAAGAUAAUAAUUUUACCUGUUGUUCACAUGCAUUUAUAU